GUAUUUAACUUGGUCUUCUCCACUUCUGUUGCUGCAACCGAGAGACAGAGCGAGCGAGGGGAGAGAGAUGGAGAAGACCAAAGCCAGAGUCGCAUCAAUCUUCGUAUACCCAAUAAAGUCCUGCCGCGGGAUUUCCGUUCCUCAGGCACCGCUCACUCCCACCGGAUUUCGGUGGGACCGGCAAUGGGUAGUUGUGAACAGUAAAGGCAGGGCAUACACUCAAAGAGUUGAACCCAAGCUUGCUCUGGUAACUGUCAAGCUUCCUGAUGAGGCCUUUUCAGAGGGUUGGCUACCGACUGCCUAUUCCUUUUUAGUACUGAAGGCUCCUGGUAUGAAUGAGCUGAAGAUUUCUUUGAGCAAGCCCGGUGAGGUUACUGAUGGCGUCUCGGUAUGGGAAUGGUCCGGCUCUGCAUGGGACGAAGGGCAUGAAGCGGCGAACUGGUUUUCGAACUAUCUUGGAAAACCGAGCCGACUAGUUCGUUUCAAUGCAGCGUCAGAAACUCGGCCUGUGGAUCCUCAAUAUGCUAAUGGACAUAAUAUCAUGUUCUCCGACGGAUAUCCGUUCUUGCUGCUAUCUCAGGGAUCAUUGGAUGCGCUCAAUAAUCUUCUCAAGGAGCCAGUACCAAUAAAUCGUUUUAGACCAAACAUUUUCGUUGAUGGCUGUGAACCGUUCUCCGAGGACCUAUGGACAGAGGUCGAGAUUAACAAGAUCACUUUCCGGGGUGUCAAGCUCUGCUCUCGCUGUAAGGUACCGUCGAUUGAUCAAGAGACUGCUGUAGUAAAGCCAGAGAUUAAUGAAACUCUAAAGAAGUUUCGCUCGGAUAAAGUGUUGCGCCCAACUGGAAAGCAGCAGGGAAAGGUUUUCAUGGGGCAGAACAUGGUUCUAAAGGACUUCCUUAAGGACGGGAAGGGCAAGGUCAUCAAAGUCGGAGAUCCGGUCAAUGUCGUCAAGAUGGUAUCAUCUGCUGCCGAAGCAGCUGCUUAAAGUUUGAAGCUUUGUAACGCCGCCGCUGCAUGUAUUGCUAAUGCAUAAUGCAUUGCUCACGAGUUAGGACUUGGGAAUUUGGAGCGACCGGCAGAAUCUUAUUGCUGCGCAUGAAUGAACCGAUCCGUCUGUAUAUACUAAAUAAAAGAUCCGUCUGUGGCUAU